CCGUGUGUGCGUGUAAUCAAUGGCGUCUGGCGGCGUCGCAGUUGGUCACAGCAUCCUGAGGUGUGUCGACGACGGGAAUCAUCCCGAGAUAUUCUCUGAAACUUAACCCCCCGACGCAGCAGUUCCGAAGGCAAGGGGGUGGCAAAACCAUCGCGACUCCAUUCCCACCACCCCCGUAAAUAAAAAGAAAAAAAAUAUAACACUAAAUACGACACCAUCAUCGAAACGAACCAGCAGCAAUAACAACUAAAACAAAAAAUAAUACAUUGUUUCCAAACUAACCAUCAAGUGCAAGCAAGACCUCUGACACAGCCACACACCACAACACUCAAAGAGCGUACAGAAGUAUAGGAUGAUAAUUUGAACAUCAACAACAGGAAAUCCAAUGGAUUUGAUGAAUGGAAGCAUGCCUGCAAAUCAAACGUCUCCAUCGUCGGUGGAGAGUUCGACGACGCGGGUUUCCCUUUAUCCAUUAAACGCAACAUUACCGCCGGAACAGUACAGAUUCAUCCCAGGAUCCACUCCGACGUUCGUGAAUAAAACGGUGACCAACGUCAAGGAGCGAUCUUUCAACGGCACCGGGUAUUACAUUGAAGAGGAGGGCGAAUCCGGAUUCAACGAUAUACAGACCUUGUUCCUGGCAUGCUUCGCCACGCUGAUUCCUCUAGUCAUCAUUUUAGUGACGGGAUUCGUAAUUAGGGUUCUUUGGCGUCGGUAUAAGAGGCGAACCACGGAAUGUAUGGACUACGAUGGAGUCAUACACAGAGAAAGUAGCUUCGGGCCGCCAGAAAGGCCUUUGCAUUCGCAUCUACUUAAUGGAGAUAAACUGGUCGAGUCUCACGUGUGCAAUAGCGCCGAGGAAAUCUGCGACGGGGCCAUCACCAAUGGCAUCAAAGAAACCGGCAACAGUCAUUCGACGACAAAUGGAAGUAUCAUUACUAUGACUCUGAAGAAUAAUCAUCUAAUUGUAGAGACAGAGGAGAGAAACGAUAUCGAGGAGGACAGCAGAGAGACGACUAUGAAGUAUUCGCCAGGUGCGAGGGAUAGCGUGUUCGUGGUUGAAGUGCAGCAGGGUGUGAGGAGGAGUCCGAGCGGCGGAGCUUAUGGGGCUGACGAUAUGAGAGGAGCUAACUAUAAUUACAGGCAUCAGAAACACCAAUGCGCGCUUGUGCACAACGAACCCGACACGGACAGCGAGGAAGACCAACUUGGAGAUAGUUACUAUCAGGAGGAUUCCGGAGAUUCAGGAGAGGAUUCGCCUGAAGUGCAGGAGAUGGUGACGUGCAGGACCGGACUAUCGCAGUCGAAUCAGAGCUUGGCCAACCAAAGCUACAGCUAUGGGAAUCAGCAAGGAUACGAUAACGGCUUCUACGGUUAUCCCACGUACAGUGGCUACAUCAACGAUGAACCGCCGCAGAAGCUGGAGGACAGCAGCAAACCGAAGAUCACCUCCGCCGUCUACAAGAGUCCCAGGACUUCCGAUCAGAUGGACCCGUUGCUCUCGGAUCUGUCCGUGAAACGGGUGGAGGAUGUCGAGGAGCAAAUUAGAUCGGGCGACGCCACCGGAGAUGAUUGAGCCGUUCGCUCACGGUGACGAGAGCAAAACAAAAGGCAUCCGAUCCCAUAUAAAUCUCGCUCGAUUGUCCUUCGCCUCGUUCGUUUAUUUUUUGCUUCUUCGUCUUUGGGGGCAGCUGCGAGGAAUUCUUCGGUUUGUUGUACGCCGUUUUGGGCCGGAGCGGGAGGAGGCGUUGGCAUCCCAUGCAAAUAUUUGUAGGUAUCAAUUUAAUUUCUGACGUUGUUUUAUUUGGAAGGGUGUAAACUGCGCUCCUGCCUCAUCUUACCUCACAUUCUCCUCCUCUUCAUCCGCCGCUGCAGCCGCCUCCUGCUGCUCGUUUUGUGGUUCUUAGUUUUUUGGGUAGGUGAGGAGGAGGAGAAGAAGAGGUGCAAGAAGAGUGCGAAACCUGUUCUGUCCUUUUAUUACAGUUUAAAGACCCAUGGGUCAAGUCAGGUUAUUCCAACAUGCGAUCCGAGCGCACACACAUACUACAUAUACUAUAUGGUUCCUCCCAAAAAAUAUUUUUAUGAAAAUUACGAGGAAGAUCAGAGUAGUCUUCUUAGAAACGCAAACUCCAGUUUUCUUGGACUCUCCUCUUCUUACCAUAUAUACACAAACACACACACACCAGGCUCACUUAAAUAACAAUUUCGCAAUUGCAUCAUUAACAGUUUUCGCUCUCCGAAGGCUGGGAACAAUUUUAAUUGAAAGGUGUAGUUGUAUAAAUCAAACUAAAAGAAGGACGCGUGGAAUACAAAAUAAUACAUAUAAUAACCACUGCUGCGGAGCGUUUUUUUUUGGGGAUGGCUUUAUAAUAAUAUUUUAAGGAAGAAGCGCAGCUGUUGAUUUUUAUUAUUUUUGUAAAUUGAUCAGAAUCGCUCGAGAAACAUUCCCGACCAAUUAAUUAGCUCCACUUUAUUAUUAUGUAAAUAAAGGCCGUGGGACGAGGAGGGAAUGAAAAUACAUAACUUUUGAAGAGUGUACGUAUUCAUAUUUUUUUUUGCAACACUAAUUAAUUGGAAACGUUUUGUUCCUCAUAUUUGCAAACUCACACUGGAUGUACAUAAAUUUAUCCACCAAUUAGAUAAACAUCGCUAUGGUGCGGAGAUCGUCAUCUUGUUCAUCAGCUUUUGGUGUCUUUAAAAGCGUUUCCAGAGAGCGAGUACGGAGCUGUAUGAUACUCAUCUAAAUGUGAGAGAGUCCUGUCUCUGCGCUGCACGUUUUGCUGCUGUUAUAACUGACGUUUCGCGUGCAUAAAAAACACAUUAUUUUAGGGUACAAAUUGUGAAUCAAAUUCAUUAUAUUUGCCAUUUAUUUUAUACAAAUAUGCGAAGGAUUUACGAAUUCGCUUCAGGCUCUAAUAUAUUUAUUGAAA